ACCAUGAGUCCAUGUUUUCCCUGGGAGAUACGAGUAAGCACCUACCGAUUUUGUAACGGCAGGAAUAACAAAAAUAACCAUGGAGCUACAAAAACACAAGCUAUUUAAUAAAGCCGACAGCUUAUACUAGUGUGAACUCUGCCUAAUCUAGUAUCUGUGUAAAGGUUCCUUUAAGGAUACAUUUUGAUUACAAAAUAAAAAAGCUCAACAAUAAACUGUUAUGAUAAUAAUCUCGUGAGUUCAGUUGUCGACCUUGUCCAAGUGUGAAGAUGUGUUUAAUAAAUUCAUUUUUGUGUCUAAUUUUGUGAAAUCUAGACGCGGCCAAACAAACAUGGCCGAGUUAUUGUUUGUGUUGCUUGUGGUGUAUUUGCGAAGUUCUUUAGCCGAGCCAGAAAAAUGCGAAAUAAGAGGUGUGGAGGGGGAGUGCGUGCCACUGCCCGCGUGCGAGCAAUACGUGGCCCUGCUGAAGAACACCUCCUCUACGGAGGAGGGCCUGCAGCUCACCGCGGAGAGGCGGUGCGGCUUGGACGUGAGGAAUGUUAAGGUCUGCUGCCCUGUGGACCCUGUGGUCCCACCACCAUUGAUAGAUUUCAAACUAAACGAGGAGGACCAGGACUUAUACGUCGACUCCUUCCCCGGCCACGACGUCUGCGGGAGGACUGAUAAAAGCCGUGUUUUGAGUACAAUCCGCAAAGUAACCGACAAAGAACAAAAACUUGGAUUCAUGUAUGUGAUAGCAAACGGUAUACCCGUACUAUUGCGUGAUAUGUCUCGCUACAUGGCGCUGCUGGGCUACAAAGUGAACUCCGACGUGCUGUGGCAGUGCGGAGGAUCGGUGAUUACAGAGAAGCACGUCCUCACUGCUGCACACUGCAUCUCAAAAUCUCUGCAUGUGGUACGGGUGGGUGAGCUCGAUUUGGCUUCCGAAGAGAAAGACGCGCAGCCCAUAGACUUCUACAUCAAGAACAAAAUACCCCAUGAUCUGUAUUCUAAAUUCCAAAAUGACAUAGCCAUAGUUGUGUUGGAUGGAAGCAUUAACUUUAAGGAAGAACAUCACAUCGGUCCCAUAUGCUUGCCGUUGGACACUAAAAAGAAGGUUUUGCCUCGUUUUGAUUUCUUUACUCAUAAGGGUACAUUUGUGGCUGGCUGGGGUGAAGCACCGGAAAAACGUGAUAGACCUACAUACUUGGCAUAUGCACAUGUGAAUAUUGUUUCUACUGACGAAUGCAAGAAACUGUACGAGAGCUCAACAAGAAAGAUAGAUGAACGUGUCUUCUGCGCUGGUGACCACCAUUUGAGACACGACUCGUGUAACGGGGACAGCGGAGGGCCGCUGGUUGCUGAAUAUAAGGUACAAGAAUUCAACCGCACGUUCUACUACCAGCUCGGGGUCAUCUCCUACGGGUACAGAUGCGGCGAGGGACCCUUCGUGGGUGUGCUCACCAACGUCACCCACUUCAUGCCCUGGAUACGCCAGAAAGUGCUAGGGGAGAACCUGUAGUACCUAAAUCGCUUUUGGACUGCCGAUUCGACAUUCGAGGAUCGCCAGUUUGCAUCCCGAAUUAAAGGAAAUUACUAAUACCUA